GAUUCCUAUCCAAACAAAAACAUAUACUGAAACUAAACCCGCAGAACACAAUCUAGUAUGACUGACAGUUUAUGUACAUGCAAAGAUCUGACUGUCUGAAAGUGAGGUUGGGAAGUUACUAGCAAUGGUGGGCUUUCUUCUACAAUUCCCUUGUUCUGUUCCAGCUUUCAGAUCAUCUUCAACCAAUCCUCUUCUUGCUGCUACUGUUGUUUCUGCUCAUUCCGACCAUUCACUUACAACCCAACAAAAUUCUUCUCAUUUCACCAGAUGGGCUGCUGCUUUUCCAUCCAAGUCUUUGAGUUUUGCGCUUUCUGCUACUCUUGCUAUUUCUUUAUCUCUCUCAGGAAUUGGAUAUGCUGAAGCAAAAGUUGGGGUUAACAAGCCAGAAUUGCUCCCUAAAAACUUCACUCCAGUUAUUGACGUAGCUGGUUUCCUCUCUGAAGGACAGGAAAACAGAAUUGCACAGGAGAUUACUGCUAUUGAGAAGGACACUGGUUUUAAGUUGAGAGUUCUUGCUCAGAAUUAUCCUGAUACUCCUGGGUUAGCGAUCAAAGAUUAUUGGCAAGUCGAUGACAGAACUAUCGUUUUUGUAGCUGACCCUACCUUUGGCAAUAUACUGAACUUUAAUGUGGGAGAUUUGGUUGAUCUAGACAUACCACGCAGCUUCUGGAGUCGCUUGGCCGGAAAAUAUGGAAAUAUGUUUUAUUGGAAAGAAAAGGGUGAAGAUGCAUCUAUAGAAGCAGCUGUAAUGGCAAUAUCAAAUUGCUUAAGGGAACCGGUGGGACCAAACAAUUGUUCAGAGAUAAACUAAGGUGCAACUACAGUAGUUGAUUAUGUAAUUACAUUUGUCAUUGUUCUGUACUGACGUUCAUUUCAUGCACUAAUUGUGUUAUAAAAUUAUUUAUUUACACCUGUAUUUAAGAAGUUAUAUUAUACAACAAUAAUAUAUAUAUGGUAGAGUCAAAGAGUGUUGUCUUUUC